AUGGUUCGAAGGUAUAAGAUUGAUGUUGCAGCUAUUCUUGAACCUCGGGUGAGUGGUUCGAGAGCAAAGCAGAUUAUUAGAAAGCUGGGGUUUACUGACUCAAUAGUGGAGGAGGCUCAAGGUUUUACAGGAGGACUUUGGCUUCUCUGGAAUAAUGAUGGAUUGGCGGAUGAUCAAGCUUUUCUUUAUACAAUUGUCUAUGCAAGUCCUCGAGAAGAAAUUCGGAAGGGACUUUGGGAGGAUUUAAUCCAGUUAGAGAAAAAUAUCUCUGAUCCUUGGUUAAUUGCAGGUGAUUUUAAUGAAAUUGUUUUCCCUAAUGAGAAACAUGGUGGAGCGCCAGUUGACAUUCAAAGAUGUAGUAAGUUUGCUUCCCUUCUGACUGAUUUAAAGAUGAUUGAUCUUGAAGGUAUAGGCUCAAAAUUUACAUGGAGAGGACCAAAAUUUCUCCAUUUAGAUAUAGUCUUUAAACAGUUGGAUCGUGCUUGCAGUAACGCUGAUUGGAGAGUAAUCUUUCAAGAAGGUCAGGUUCGAGUGCUUCCUCGUAUCAACAGUGACCAUGACCUAGUCCUUAUCACUUUGGAGCCAAGGAAGGAUGAUGGGUGGAAUAAAGAAGUUUUUGGUAAUAUCCAGCAUAAAAAGAACAGGUUGAUAGGUAGAUUUGAAGGAAUCCAGAGAGCUAUUUCUGAGCAGAAUAAAAGUCACCUGGAAAAGAUUGAAGCCAGGAUAAGGAGUGAACUUGAUCAAGUCCUAGAGCAGAAGAAGAUUAUGUGGUUUGAAAAAUCUCGUGCUAAUUGGAUAGCUCACGGUGAUAGGAAUACAAAGUAUUAUCAUACAAAAACAAUUGUCCGUCGUCGGAGGAGCAAAAUUCUGGAGUUGAAUGAUGCAAUUGGAAAUUUGGUGAGAGGAGACCACAAUAUUUCCAGGGUAAUUAAUGAUUAUUUUUCUAAUCUUUUCUCUGAAGAUAACCAUGAUCGAGUUUGGGUCCAGACGAGUUGGCCGAAGGUGAAUGAUGAUAUUGAUUCCCAGGUAGGUGCUAAAAUCUCGAAAGAUAAAGUUCGUCGAGCUUUUCUCUCUAUGAAAGCUUCGAAAGCUCCAAGGGAGGAUGGGCUAGCUUUGUGCCGAAUAGACAAUUAUAGGAUAACAUUAUUGUUGCAAAGGAGCUGGUUCAUACUAUGGGAAGAGCUAAAGGGAAGAGAGGUACAAUGGCAAUCAAACUGGACCUUGAAAAGGCUUAUGAUAAACUCAGCUGGAGUUUUAUCUAUAAAGUGCUUGUUCGAAGUCCAAAUUCCUGAUUGGAUGAUUGGUGUUAUUAUGGCAUCAAUAACGUCCAACCGAUCGAGAGUUAUGAUUAAUGGAGUGGCUUCAGAUGUUAUAGUUCCUCAUAGGGGAAUUCGACAAGGGGAUCCAAUAUCUCCUUAUAUUUUUGUGCUUUGUGCUGAGAAAUUAUCCCACUUGAUAGUUGAAAAAGUGAAUUUGGAUAUGGAGCAAGCAAAGGUGAUUAUGGAGUGUCUAAAUCUUUUAUGUGAGAUGUCAGGGCAAAGUGUCAGUGCUAAUAAAUCUUUGAUUUAUUUUUCCCCGAAUAUUGAUAAUCAAGUUGCUGAUAGGAUUGUUAAUAGAAUGGGUUUCAAGCGUACUUCGAAUUAUGGAGCAAUCAAGGAUCGGAUCAGGUCAAAACUGGAUGGUUGGAAAGGUCAAUGUUUAUCUUUUGUCGGUCGUGUUACUUUGGUGAAAUCGGUCAUUGCUAGUAUUCCUUCAUUCCAUAUGCAAAAUGGGCUACUUCCAGUAACGCUUUGUGAUGAGAUUGAGCAAUUACAAAGGUCCUUUAUUUGGGGUAAUCAAGAUAGCAGAAGUCACGCUCAUCUAGUAGCCUGGGAUCAAAUGUACAAACCAAAAGAUAGAGGUGGCUUGGGGAUAAUCAAUCUUCGUAUUCAAAAUAAGGCUUAUAUUCAUAAGUUGGCUUGGAAGAUUUUAACCAAGAAAAAUGAGUUAUGGGUGCAGAUAUUAUUAGCAAAGUAUGGUAGAGGUCAAGACCUAAGGAGGGGUAUAAAAGCUAAAUCGUAUGACUCUAAACUUUGGCGUAAUCUUGCUAAGUGUUGGAGUAAGUUCCUUGAUGGUCUUAGAUGGGAAAUAGCAGAUGGUUCUGAUGUAAAGCUCUGGACUGAUAACUGGUUGGGAUGGGAAAAAACUUUGCUGCAGCUGUCGAUUAACAAGGUACCAUGGAAAGAAAGUCAGAAGUUCAUUGCUGAUUAUAUGGUGGAUGAUGAUUGCAGUCUUGAAUUUAUUCACAGCUCUCUUGAUUCAGAUAUAGCUGAUGUUGUAACUAAUCACUUAAGGCCCAUUCCAAGGAAUGGCGAUGAUAGAUUAGUUUGGAUUAAUAAUCAUAGCUCCACUUCUUUGGUUAAGGUUGCUUACAAUAACCUGAUGAAUUUUCCAGAAGCUCUUCAUGCUAGCUUAUGGAAAAAGGAUUGGUUGAAUUCCAAUAGAGAGAACUUGUGGACUUCAAGCGAAGUUAAGGACUGGAGGGACAUCUUUUAUACUACGGUUUGGUUUUUAUGGAAAUGGAGAAAUUUGGAGAUCCAUGAUGAUCUCUUUCGACGGGAAGAGCAGUCGACAGCAACAAUUUGGUAUUUCAUUCAACAAAUUGUGCAGUCUCGAGCUACAAAUGGGCGCUUAAGUUCCGAUGAUAGCAGUUGGGUAGCUCCUCAGCAAGGUUGGGUCAAGUUGAAUUGUGAUGGAGCCUCUUAUAGUAGCAGGAAUAAAGCUAGUUGUGGGGGUAUUUUAAGAGAUCAUACUGGAUCCUUUCUGGGAGGUUUUUAUUGUGAUGUUGGUUUUUGUAAUCCCGUUGAUGCAGAACUUUGGGGAGUAUUGAAAGGUUUGGAGUUGGUUUGGGGUACUAGCUUAAAAAAUAUAGAAGUGGAAUGUGAUUCUAACCAAGCCAUUCAGAUUUUGAAGGAUGUUCAUGAUGAUCCAAGAGACUCUCAAGUAACUAGAAGAUUGAGAUUAUGGUUAAAAGCAGAUUGGACUAUUCGUUUAGUUCAUACAAAGAGAGAUAACAAUAAGCGUGCUCAUUGGUUUGCAAAGGCUGGUCAGAAUGAUAAUCUUCACUUAAAGAUUUUUACUGAUCCUCCUCCUGAGGUUAUGGGUCUUAUAGAUAAUGAUGCUAGAAAUAUGUCUAGCUUCAUAGUUUCUGAGUUGUAG